AUGGCGACGCAAUGCCAUUUAGAGCAAAAAGACGGCUACAUAUACACUCUGCUACUCUACGACCUGUACACUAAAACUACACAUUCAACACGAUUUCCGUUGUGCGUACCGGGCGGCAGGGUCCCACGCGUCCUUGUCCCAUCCGCCCUGCCACUCGCGCGUGCAUCCGCCGCCCCAGUCGACGGCGGCCACGGAGGGGGGCGACCUGGGGAGGGCGGCCAAGCGCGCGUCUCUUCUGGCGGCGGCGGCGGCGACGCAGCACGGGCUCUGCGUGGGCGGCAGCUCGGGGUAGCGGGUGAGGUGCCAGCGAUGGAGGUCGGGGUGCAGCAGGCCGACGGCGCCGUCCUCGUAGUGCACGACGAAGCGCGGCGACGGCGAGCGCUCGAUGCGCUUGACGACGCCGCGGUGGUACCUUCCGGUCGCGUCGUGGUCCACGUCCAGCUGGUCGUACAGUGCGACGCACGGGCGCGCGGCACCGGCGGCGGGCGACUCCAUCCUGCCGGCGGGGGAAGGGGGGGGGGGGGGGGUGGCGGCGCUGUGCGUGCGAAGGCUGCCUUUGAAGGGCAGGCGAGCGCGCGCAGGGAGGGCGGGCUUAUUUGCGCGUUUCGAAGGGGGACGCAGCGCGGGAACGUUGCGUUGGACACGUGGAGUACAUGCCUUCCGCAAGGCGCAGGGAGCGAGGAUGGCGCCGUCCUAUUCGCGCUCCAGUCGUUGUUCAUUUGUUGGCCGUGGGACACGCGGCGCCGCCUGGUUUGCUUGCGACAUGCAUAG